CAGCGGCAGCAGAACAAAGCGUGAAAACACAAGCAACUUUCUUGGCGUGGCCAGAGUCUUGGCUGUUCCCACGAACGAGGAGGCAAAUUUCCCGCUCUCUGAAAAAGCGGAGCGUGAAUUAGUUGACGACCUAGGUGUGACGAUCAAGCGAGACUGGAACCUGAGACGUGACAUUUUGGACAAUUACCACGAUAGCCACUUCUUUGCAAACUUCAUCACCAAACGGCAAGCCUACAACAUCAAUUUUCUCUUCCCAUUUCGUAUCCUUGUUAAGGCUGACUUCUCUAAGCCAUGAUCUAGGGUUCCAUUCGAGGGGAAAACGUAUUUUUUAGGAUGGUCCUCCUCCUCAGGAUGGAUAAAAGUGAGCUCUAUGAGUCUAUAACGUUGUACUAGAGUCUAACCUCUUAGAGGAGCUCACUUUUAUGUGGGUACCUUUACCUUAACCUUACCUUUACCUUACCUUUACCUUAUAGCCUUACCUUUACCUUAUAGCCUUACCUUUACCUUAACCUCCUUACCGUUAAGCUCUAACGUUACACUUCUGAGCUUGGCCAGUAGCGGGGAAUACCCAGGUGGUGUACUGGCUCUCGAUUCCGAGUACCAUCUGCUGCAACCAUGGAAGCUGUUGCAGCUGAUCACGCUUACGGCCAGCCAGCAGAAUUUCCUCGCCUUGUUUUUAAGGAUAGUAGAUAGUCAAUCACUAUUACUUGUUGUUCCGUAACCGUAUCAUGGACUUACUAUGUAUAAUGCGUUGGCUGCUGAGUGGGAGUGGGUUCCCGCCCUCCUUAAUAGAAGAAGGGAAGGGGAAAGUAAAAAGGAAGCUGCAAUUCGAGGCAACUCAUUCAACGAACCAGCGACAAGGAUAGCGAUUGACUAGCGUUAACGUUUCCCGGUCCACCGUUGCAUUUUUCGUUCGUCGUCGCAAGCUUCAUCUCGUGGGAUGUUGUCUCAGCCCUGAAAGAAAGUUGGCGCAAAAUCGUAGCGCGUGUAUUCGACGCCAUCAGCGGCCAAGAGCUAUUUCCACCAAGGUACCUUUUGGAAUUUUUGCCGGCAAAGAUGCUUGAGUCUGUGUAUCUGCAGGUACAACAAGGGGGUCCUCCACCACAUGGCAGUGCUGGUCAUCAAAGUCGAAAUAAAUUGGAGGGUGGAAGGAAACAAGCAAAAGCUAGCGAGGUUGCCCUCUUGAACAGGAUACGAAACAUUAC